AUGCCCUCACCUACUCGCCGAUCUGACUUGAUUGACACUUCGAGAAACGAAACGGAUAUCGAGACAGCUAUGCUUCACGAGGAACAGCCGCUCUUACCUCCAGAGGAGACCUGGAAACCACCGAAAGGCUUUCUCUGGGUUCAAAUAGCCAUCAUGUCCAAUGUGUUUCUUUCAGGCUUUGACGGCACCAUCACAGCUUCAACAUAUGCCGUUAUCAGCUCGGAAUUUAAUGCGGCCAACACGGCAUCAUGGCUCACCACGUCAUAUCUUAUCACGAGCACCGCCUUUCAACCUCUUUACGGUCGGUUCUCAGAUAUCUUCGGACGACGUGCCUCCUUCUUCACGGCAACUAUCACCUUCAUGAUCGGUUGCAUUGGCUGCGGUGUGGCCAAGAACAUCGCUUUCCUAAAUCUUAUGAGAGCAUUGACAGGGAUCGGUGGUGGUGGGCUAAUGACGAUGGCUACUAUUGUCAAUUCGGACCUUAUUCCAUUCCAGCGCCGCGGAAUGUAUCAGGCCCUCCAGAACGGCAUGCAUGGGUUUGGUUCCAUCUGUGGCGCAUCCUUUGGCGGUUCCAUCGUCGACACCAUUGGAUGGCGGUGGUGCUUCUUGAUGCAAACCCCUGUCGGGCUGCUCGCACUAAUCACAGGACAUCUUGUUAUUCAUCUUCCCAGGAGGACCGAGCUUAUCGAACCGGGACAGGGCCUCCGAGCGAUCUUGCAAUGUAUUGAUCUAUCUGGCGCGUGCGUCCUUAUCCUGGGUCUCUCAAGCCAGCUGAUAGGCUUGAGCCUGGGUGGAAACGAACUGCCCUGGUCCAAUAUAUGGGUGACUGUCUCACUUGUAGCGAGUGUCAUCCUUCUGGGUGCUUUUGUGCUUAUUGAAACGAAGACGUCCGCUAUUCCACUGAUUCCUCCAAGUCUGCUGCGAGGAAUCCUGCCGAUUGCCACCCAGAUCUCAAAUGUCUGUGUCGGGAUGGCGGCGUAUGCAUUUCUCUUUACUCUUCCAUUGCUGUUCCAGGUCAUUCUCUUGGAUUCCGCUGCGACGGCUGGCGCAAGACUGGCGAUACCAUCGCUCGCGACCCCCAUCGGGGGUCUUAUCUCCGGCAUCGUCAUGUCCCGUUGGGGCAAGCUGGCCCACCUCGUUCGUGUAGGUGCCCUGCUGAUGUGCGUUGGAAACUUGCUAGUGAUGUCACUGCAGUUCAACGAUGCAGGCUGGAAGUACUUUAUUUAUGUCAUUCCCGCGAGCCUAGGUCAGGGUAUUGUAUACCCUGGCAUUCUGUUUACGUUCCUGGCUGCAUUUGAUCACGCCGAUCACGCCGUGUCAGCUUCGACGGUCUACUUGGUGCGCUCACUAGGAACCGUCUGGGGUGUGGCUAUUACGUCCACGAUUAUACAAAACACACUGCGCUCAGGCCUCGCAGAGGCCUUGAGUGGAGUACCAAACAAAUGGAAAAUUAUCGACGAUAUCCGACAUUCUGUGUCGGCCAUCCAUAACCUACCCCCGGAGAUCCAACUGGCUGCCAGGCUGGUAUACUACAGAGGCAUCCGGUUGUCCUUCCUUGCGUCGGCUUGCUUUGGAUUUGUGGCUACUAUUGCCGCAUUCUUUACCAAAGGCAAAGGCCUGCGUCGUGCGAAUGAUGCAUAA